UUAAAUUCAUUUUCAUUUUGAAAAAAGAUUAUUAGCUUAAUGUGAGAUAUAGUUGACGAGUCAACUGAGUGACAAUUGGGUUUGUGGUUAAAACUUCCUGAAGAUGUUUGAAUGACCUAAAUAUGUUGGAUAAUUUUGCACUGGUGAAAGAAGCAGUCAUGGGCCUUCAUAAAUGCACUGGUCUUCACUUAUUAGUCUGUAUCAGCACAAUUUUGACCCUUUGUCAUCAAAGCUCAGCAUGCCACCUGGGAACAGAGACAGAAUGCAAGAAAGCACCCUUUGUGCCUGGUUCCAACCUUGCAGGUGAAGGAUUUGAUGUAGUCAGCCUGAGACGCAAAGGUGCCUAUUUGAUAAAUGUCAGAUCUUACAAAUUUGACAACAACACAUGUACUGUGUGCCCGAACCAAUUACAACAAGGACAGAUGCAGAAACUUCCCUUGGCCGUUGUGGACUGGCGUUCUUUCAACCGCUGUAGAAAACAGCUGUCAAGUUCUCUUCAUUAUUCCAUAGAUUCGCUUAUUAAAAGCUCCACAUCACUAAUCGACAAUAACUGGGCAGUGGACCUUACCCUGGAUGAUUGGGGUAAAGCUGUUUUAGGAGGGAGUCACUCAGACAUAGCCAAGUUUGCCCGAGAGCAGCACAUGAUGGACAAGGUGACCUUUGCUCUCCAUGAGAUCAGCUGCAUUUAUUACAGCUACAGAGUAAUGGAUCGUCCAGAGCUCAGUGCAGAAUUUAAAAAACGUUUACAUCAACUACCUAGAAACUACAGUGAGAAAACUAAGUCCCAGUAUCAGAGAAUUAUUGAUACGUAUGGGACCCACUACAUUCAUCAUGUCUAUUUAGGAGGACGCAUGAGACAAGUCACAGCCUUCCGAACCUGCCUUGCAACCCAAAAGGGGUUUUUGGAGUUUGAUAUACGAAACUGUCUGAACAUUGAAUUAAAAAUUGCUCUAGGGUUUCUGCCUGCAAACAUAUCAUAUUCUAAUAAAUGCUCAAACAUUCUCAAGGAUAACAUAAACAUGGGCUUCUAUCAGGACUUUUUGACAAAGAAGUUGGAGGUCCUGGGUGGUGAAAGUCUAGAUGACACGUAUGCAAACUGGUUCAAUAGCUUGCGUGAAAACCCAGAUAUAAUUUCAUAUGCCAUUUUACCCCUCCAUCAUCUGGUUGCUGACUCAGAGUUGAGUUCCAGCCUCAGUAAGGCCGUGUCCGAGUACAUUGAAGAGAACAUGAUUCCUUUGGAGCAGAAUCAGUACCACAAAUGCAACCCAACACCAAACUUGGACCACAACUGCUGCCCUCUGCGAACAGGUCGUGGCACUUUGAGAGUGACUGUGCAACGGGCCAGUGGUCUCAAUGCUGACUUUUUCAGUCAAACCGAUGCCUAUGUCAAAGUGUGGUACAAUAACAUGUAUAAGGAAACAAACAUAGUAAUGAAUAAUAACAAUCCAGUAUGGGACAUUACUUUCAAUUUUGGUUCAAUAGAAUUCGGUCAUGUGUUAUUGAUUGAAGUGUGGGAUAGUGAUGUAAGGUUUGAUGACCUGUUGGGAAGGUGUUCCAUCUACCCUGAACGUGGAACUCAAUCAAAUAGCUGUAGCUUAAGCAGCGGAGUCUUUUUUUUCAUGUACAGCACCCAGUGUGAUGCUCACCUGGGUGGCCACUGGUGUCGACAUUACUCCCCAAAAGCCUGAGAGCCUCAACCAGGCAACUAGAACCAUGAAAAAAAACAUUUUUCUUUAGCUUUUUCAUGUAUCUAUGCUUCAAAUAACCAAUAAGAAUAGACAUGUACAAUGCAUCAGUUUUAGAUUGUUUAUUAGUGUCAGCACUUUGUAAAUGGAACCAUGACUACAGGAAAACCUACCUGUUGAUUUUGCAGCAAUAUUUCUGGAUUAAAAUAAACUUUGUACUGCUUAUAUAUAGUGAGGUCUGUAAAUAUUUGGACAUACAGUUCUUGUCAACUGUGUAAUGUAGUAUAUAAGAAUCAAAAAUAAGUACUGAAUAUGAGCUCAAAUAUUAUUUACACCAAAUAUGGUGAAUGGUGUAGGAAUUACAGCACUUUUUAUGUGGCCCCCCAUUUUAAAAGAUCAGAAAUUAUUGAACAGUUGGCUGCUCCCCUGCUCCAUGGUCUGAGUGUGGGGUUUUGUGUGAUUCCCUCAUUAAUUCACUUACAAGUAAGUAGAUAAAAGGUCUAGAGUUAAUUUUAAUUGUGUAUUUACAUUUAUGAAAGUUGUUGGAUUAUUGUCAACAUGAAACCCACGCUCAUAAUUACCCUGUUUAUUAUUUAAUUAUUUCCAAUAACACCAAAAAAUUCCCUGAACUAGUGAACUAGUAUGGGAAUGUGAUUUUGCUAGAGACUACAAAGGGCAUCUGCCAAAUGGAGUAAACUGUUACAAUGGGACUGUUUAUGAGCCAAGAUAAAAGAAUGAUAUAAAGUCAAUAAAGAAUUAACAUUACUUUCUCUUAUGUGUUAAUUUGCAAACAUUCAAGAGCAUGAGUAGGAUAAGGAUGGUCUACCAAAAUAAAAAUUUUGAUGAAUACUAAA